UUUUUUUCACCACUGCCGCUCACCAGGACCCAACCGCGGACUUGUCUCCUUUUCGUCCUGUUUCGCCCGUAUAGCGGCGUCUAUUUUGGGGGUUUUUUUUUUCUUUGUCUGAGCCUCGUUUCUCUUUUACUUCUCUUCCUGCUCUUACAAGAGCCAACCCGCCCACUUUCUAGUUAAUUUAUCCGUCUCUCUUGUCUGGCUUGUUUCUUCUCUCUCGUCGCUGCCGACCCUCGGCGGAUGUGUGUGUGUGUGUGUUUUCUCCUGGGAACUUCCGGUGUCUCGUCUCAUCUUGUAGACGUCUCUUCGUGGUUACGAUUCUCUUCUUAUCCGCCGGCUAACAUGCUUCUUCUGUCUUCAUCUUUUUACCUGGGUCCGGGGCUCCCUUUUAACACAUUCUCUGCUCACCAUCUAUCAAUCUGUCUAUGCUUGAUUAUACGCUCUAUUCAGCAUUCUACCCUGUGCUACCAACCUCACCGCCACCUACUGUCGGUUCUUCUCAUCUUCUCGGCCCUCUUUUUCCUCCCUCUCCUUCGCCUCUUUUCUGCGCUGUUGUUCUCCCCACUUCAUUCUCCGGAGGCUCUGCGUAGUUGGGACUCUACCAUGCUAGGGUUAAGGACGGGGUGGGCAGGAAGGAUGGGCGGCGGGGUAACGUCGUGGUGGGACUGGAUUUGUUGGCGAUGAUGGAUGGGGGCGAUGGAGAUGCGGGAUAUGGAGGUCGCCCGUGGACGGAGUUCGACAGAGGUGAUGAUAUUAUGUAUGUAUGUGUGUGCGCCGCGUCGGCAGAAGUGUCUUCUGGUCGCGCUAAUGAUAACCUCGGUCGCCCCGAAGGCUUCCCCCCCCC